CUUAAUGCACCACAUGACCUCGUUGCCGUGUCCCGUGACCAGCUCACGUGAAUUUCGACAAAUUCAAACGUUUUUUUUUCGGUGCUGAGGAAUGGACAUUUUGGAGCAACAACUCGAACAACAGGAUGUCAGCACCGUGAAGAAUGACGGUGGUGGCACGACGGGAAUCGUGAUAGAGGAAGCAGAGAUUGUGGACUGCGAAGGAGAACCCGUUGGAGACGAUGAAAUGCGUUAUCCAGAAACUUUAGCAUACCGAGUUGUUCAGGUGAACGGUACAGCAGCUAUACAGUCGGCUAAUGAGAUAGAGAUACCUGCAUCGCAACCGGGGAAUAAUACUGUACAGGUUUUAACGUCACCUUUGAAUGGUCAGUUUUAUGUUAUCGGGAAUGCCAACGAUGUCUUUACUACAGCUCAGACUUCAAGAUCCUUGGUGCCAAGAACUGCUACGUUGCAGAUAGAAACCCCGAGGAAUUGCACUGCUGGCUUAAAAAAGAGAGACGAUAGGCGGAGAGCAACGCAUAAUGAGGUCGAGCGUCGGCGUAGAGAUAAAAUAAAUAAUUGGAUUACAAAGUUGGGCAAGAUCAUCCCUGAUUGUAAUACUACAACUAAUACCACCGGUAGUAGCGGCAGUGGUAGCGGAGAUGGGAAAACUAAUUAUGAAACUCAGAGUAAAGGAGGUAUCUUAGCGAGAGCUUGCGAGUACAUAGGAGAAUUGCGUGCAGCUAAUCAAAGUCUAAGCCAAUGCCUGCGAGAUAACGACAAGCUACGGCAAGAAAUCAUAUCAUUGAAACAAGUAGUUACUCAAUUGAAACGCGAUAAUCUUCAACUCAGAUCGCAAAUAUCGUCUUCGUCCCCGACCGAUAGUACCGACGUUAUACAUUUGAGUCCUUAAGCUUCCUCUAAUUCGUGAGUCAGUAGCUCUUUCUGUAAAUAUUAGAAUCUAUGAGUUGUGUCUUGUCACACAUGGGAAUCUAAUUCUAUUCUUUUCUCUGAUGACUGCACCAGUCUUACCAAGAGUUUUAAGAUAUCUUGAUUUUUUUCAGAAUCAAAUUUAUAAUAUAGGUAUUUUUAGUAAUAUAGUCAUAAUUACACAUUUAUACUAAACGAUAUC